UAUAACUUUUUUUGUGAAAAUUUGUUUUCUGAAAAAAUUUAAAUUUGUGUAAGUAUAUUUGUUGCUUUUGAAAAUGUGUGCGUUUUAAACCAACCUGUGUGGUUUUUAAUGUUAAAUGUCGAGACGAUUAAAUUUGGGUCGGCGAACGCGAAAUUCAUUUCAAGUUGUGGCUUCGAGGAGCCGUGAAAGUAGCCAAGUCAAUACACAUCGCAAUGAAAAGAAUCGUCUACGCACAGCAAGGUCCCGUUCAAAUCAACGGAACAAUGAUGCAACAACAACUGCAAAUGAACGUCGUGAUAUUCAAAAUCUACAAGGGGUUGCGUUCGCGUACAGUAGUGUCACCGAUUACGCUUCUCACAGGCAAAUUAUAAUUGGUCCAAUGAACGACCGUUGUCGCCAUUGUCAGGCAUUAAAAUUUAAAGGUGAAGCAGAUGGGAUGUGCUGUGCGAGUGGUAAAGUGAAAUUGGCUGAAUUAGGCAGCCCACCACAACCAUUGAGCACAUUACUUAAUGGAUUGACACCUGAGUCUAAUCAUUUUUUUAACAAUAUACGAAAGUAUAAUUCGAGUUUUCAAAUGACAUCUUUUGGCACCACAAAUAUUAUACAACUUCAUGCCAAUGUUCAAGAUUAAAGGUCAAAUAUACCAUGGAGCUGGCUCUUUUUUACCUUUCGACAACGCAGACCACCAAUUUUUGCAAUUAUAUUUUAUCGGGAACGCGGAAGACGAAGCUGAUCGUCGGUGUGCCAUUAUUACAAACACGCGGAGACAAAUUAUUUUCGAUUUGCAAAAUAUUUUCCAUGAGCACAACGAAUUGGUUCAGGUUUUCAAAACAUCGCUUGCUGACGAUCGUAAAAUUGUUAUUCGAGCUGACAAAACACCGGUUGGCGAACAUGCAAGGCGUUUCAAUGCACAAACAGUUGUCGAAGUGGCAAUAGUCAUAGUUGGUGAGCAAUUUAAUAAUCGUGAUAUUGUGCUUCAUCGUAGAAAUGAACAACUUGAACGUGUAUCCGAGACUCAUCGCUGUUAUGAUGCACUACAAUAUCCCAUACUGUUUUGGAGCGGACAAGAAGGCUAUAAUUUCAGCAUUAAAUUGAUAAAUCCAGUAAACGGUCGAGAAGGAACAAAGAAAGUUAAUGCUAUGAAUUAUUACGCAUACAGGCUGCAGAUACGGCAAAAUCAAGACAACCUUUUAUUGAGGUGUAGAGCACUUUUCCACCAGUAUAUUGUUGACAUGUAUGCUAAAAUUGAAUCGGAACGGUUUUAUUUUCUUCGAUUCAACCAAGCCAAAUUACGUUCCGAAGAGUAUGUUCAUUUGCGUGAUUCCAUUAACAACGAUGGUAAUGCACAAAACGUUGGAACUAUGAUAAUAUUACCGUCAUCGUAUGUUGGAAGUCCACGUCAUAUGUUUGAUUACGCGCAAGAAGCGAUGUCAUACGUUCGCCGUUACGGUCGAUCAGACCUCUUCAUCGCCUUCACGUGUAAUCCGCAAUGGGAAGAAAUCUCGGAAUUAUUGUUUGUUGGCCAAACAUCGAAAGAUCGCCAUGAUAUUUUAGCACGUGUUUUUAGACAAAAAUUGAAAUCACUCAUGGAUUUAAUUGUCAAAGACGGUGCAUUUGGGUCUGUUCAAUGUAUUCAAUUGAAUGGCAGAAACGAGGUUUGCCUCAUGCGCAUAUUUUAAUUUGGCUGAUUGAAAAAAUAAGGCCGAAUCAAAUUGACGAUGUGAUUUCGGCAGAAAUUCCAGAUCCGACAGUGGAUCCUGAAUUGUUUGAAGUGGUCACCAAAUAUAUGAUUCACGGUCCAUGUGGUGCGUUGAAUUUGAAUUCACCCUGUAUGGUUGAAGGGAAAUGCUCCAAACGUUUUCCAAAAAAUUUGGUCUCCGAUACAGUGACGGGCAACGAUGGAUAUCCCGAAUAUCGGCGUCGUUCAACUGAAGAUAAUGGCCAUUCGGUAACUUUGAGAGUUUAAAAUCAAGAUUUGGAGAUUGAUAAUCGUUGGGUUGUGCCAUAUUCACCGUUAUUAUCUAAGAUUUAUAAAGCGCACAUGAACGUAGAGGUCUGCAAUUCAGUUCAAUCUAUUAAAUACAUUUGCAAAUACAUCAACAAGGGCAGUGAUAUGGCUGUUUUUGGAGCAGCUUCUAAUGUUACCGAUGAAAUCACUCAAUUUCAAAUGGGCAGAUACAUUAGUUGAAAUGAAGCAGUGUGGCCCAUAUUACACUAGUCAACACGAUUUUUCCUCAAGGAACAAAACGAACUUUUUCUUAAAGAUUUGGGGC